GUCCGGUAUUAAAAAACCCAGAAGUGAUGGAAGUACUCGUCUUCGUCGAACAAUAAGUUUUAAUCACGUUGAAGCCGUCAGCAAAGAACAGCAAAGGCAUAAGGAAAACGAGCCAGACAAACCUUGGCUGUAAAUCAGGGAAAUGUUGAUUGAAAACCAUAGGAUUUCAGACAGUGUCCUACCAGAUGGACUGCAGAGAAAAUCAGGAAGAUUUUUUGAAAGUACAGAUAAUUACAAAUUUCAUGAAAGAUUUGCCAUAGGUGAUAUUAACAAUAAUUCUGAAAUAGAGAUAAAUGCACAAAAUGUUUACAAGAGAAAAAGAUCUAAACUCAGUGACUCAGAAAACAGGAACAAUAUUAAUUCCUUGUCAACUGCAACUGCAGAAGCUGAUGUCACUUGCAAGAAAUGUGAUGCAAAUCGAGUUGAAAAUAUUAAUGACAAAAUUGGAAAUAAGUUUGACCUUACCAAUCAAUGUGAAGAACAUUUAAAACUAAAUGAAAAUAGAUCAGAGAUAAGUAAAGAAGAAAAAGAUGAAGUUCAAGAUCAUGAUGUAAGAUACAGUAGUUUUUGGACAAAGUGGAUUCCAUCAUUUCUGCGGGAACCAGAGUAUGUCCUGACAUCUCUGAAAGUUAAAGGAUUAAUCCACAAACAUGCGGACUCUUUAUUUACAACUGACAGUGGAUUCACAAAUUACAGAGGGCUACUAAACCUGUGCAUUCUUCUGUUGGUGCUGUCCAAUGCAAGAUUGUUAAUUGAAAAUUUGUUAAAGUAUGGAAUUUUGAUUGACCCAUUCAAAGUUAUCCAGUAUUUCCUAGCAGAGCCAUACAGUUGGCCAAAUGCAUUACUUCUGUUUUGUACAAAUAUUUACAUAUUGGUAACAUUUACAGUGGAAGUUUUGUUAUCAAAGGAAUGGCUGCCAGAAAAGGUGGGGCUGGUUUUCAAUGUGAUCAACCUCCUGCUGUGUCUGAUAGUACCAGCCACUGUGAUUCUGUAUGUCCAUCCGAAUCCAGGGUUUUCUGUGUUGACAUGUGGGGUUACCAGUGUUGUGUUCUUGAAGCUGGUCUCCUAUGUUUGUGUCAAUAUGUGGUGUCGCCAGAAGAGGUCAGAGGUCAAAAGAUCAAUCCGUAGACACGUCAGCAUGUCAGAACCAGGGGAUACAAAAGACAUGGUGAAUGGGGAGGUGAAGACAACCUUUGUUAGUUACCCGGAUAAUCUCACAUUCAGUGAUAUGUACUACUUUAUAUGUGCACCUACUCUGUGCUAUGAACUGAACUUCCCCAGAACUAUUAGAAUCAGGAAAAGAUUUCUGCUUAAAAGAAUCAUAGAAAUGAUGGUUCUGGCCCAGCUGAUGACAGGCUUAGUACAACAGUGGAUCAUUCCAACAGUAAACAAUUCCCUGAAACCUUUAACUGACAUGGAAAUUCCAUUAGUGAUUGAAAGACUACUGAAGUUAGCUAUUCCCAACCAUCUCAUUUGGCUGAUCUUUUUCUAUUGGUUCUUCCAUUCCUGCCUGAAUGUUACAGCAGAACUGCUGAGGUUUGGAGACAGAGAAUUCUAUAAAGACUGGUGGAACUCUGAUUCUAUUUCUGAAUUCUGGCAAAACUGGAAUGUUCCUGUCCACAGAUGGGCACUCAGACAUUUAUACAAACCCCUUCUUCGACGAGGUGUAUCAAAACAGGUGGCUUCUGUAGCAGUGUUUGCGACGUCAGCUUUUUUCCAUGAGUAUUUAGUAAGUGUUCCUCUUAGAAUGUUCCGGGUCUGGGCCUUUACUGCCAUGCUUUCUCAGGUACCACUAGCAAUGUUGACAGCAAAGUUCUGUAAAGGGCGUCAUCAGGUUGGGAACAUGAUUGUGUGGUUGUCAUUAAUUCUAGGACAGCCUGUCGCCAUCCUAGCCUACGUCCAUGACUAUUAUGUGGGAAAUAUGCUUCUCUCCUUUCACAACUUAAAGACAUGAAGUAUUUUACAGUAAUAGUUGAGGAACAAAAAGGUUUAAUAAUGAAAUGUAAUGAUGUGCCAUAAAAUUGUCAGGCUAGGUAUGGGAGAUUAUAUGAUGUUUGACAGUUGUCUGUGUUUAUAAAACAUUGGAUGGAUUCUAGCAACACAUGCAUAAGAUAAAAUUGAAGAUUGACUUCUUACACGUAUUUGUAUUUGAUUGUAUAUAAUACAUUUAUAUAAAACUGUAUUUUUGUAAUGACUGUUAUUUGUACAAUUUUUCCUAUGUACACAUACUAGUACCUCACAAGAAUUUGUCAUCGUAAUUUCAUUCAUUUGGCAAUUUAGGUACAAAUAAUAUUUUUAGAAAAACUUUGUAAUAAAAAGAGAGAGUUAUAAAACUUUUCUUGGUGAAUUUCACAUGAAAAGGUGAUUGUUCACAUGAUUUCUGGUGAAACUCUUUGUAAGAUGAAAUUGACAUUAGGCUUGUUUGGCUUUGAAUUGUAACAAUGAGUCAUAGAAUAAUGUACUUUUUGCUUUUAUAAUCCUGGUUAUGUUUGAAAGUGUGCAAAUAAAGCUUUCAUGUAUUAAACAUGUGACUAGGGUCUAUUUUGUGUUUCUGUCUGUGUAUUUUUUGUUUGUUUAAUGGAAAAGGUUUGUUCCUGAUUAAAUACAAAUGUAUAAAAGCCUUCUUAUCCCUGUUUGUCUUAGUGCUUUAUUUUUAAUAAUGAUCCAUAUAGGUGGUUAUAAUAAGUUGCAUUUUCAUUGUGCCUUGGACCUACUUUAUGCAUUAAAAAAGCCACCAGGUCCAUUUUAGUUUCACAUACAUGUAUCCAGUCUUUAGGGGGCUUACUUCUAGUAAUAUAUCUACAAGUAUCUUGGUGAGAGAAAAAAGUCUUUCUCACUAAGACUGAAAAAAUUCAGACUUAUCUAGUCAGCAAAUCUUUAUAUAUAAAAUAAAACACACUAUCAGUUUAUCCACAGUCUGCCCUUCCUUGACUUUUUGAUUUAGGUCAAGUAUAUUCCAGUAGCAGCAGCAGCUAUACUAUUGAUUGUAUGCCAGUACUUUUAUAUAUAACAUGUUUACAAUGAUUAUAAUUCCUUGAUGAUCUCCUCUCCCUUGAGAUACAACAUUGAGCUGUGAUUCUAGAUGUACAUAAUCAUUAAUACAUAUUCAAAUACUGUUAUUUAGUGCAUUGUAGCUGACCAUCAAGUACUUAAAAAAACUUCUACCACAACAAUUUGUAUCGGACAUAAAACUAUCCAUGAUACAAAAACUUAAAUGGCUUUGUCUACAUACAAGUAGCCUGUAUUGUUAUAUUUUCUGUCUCUACUAAGAUUUUAGUGUAACACACACAUGAAUGUAAAUUACAUGAAUAAAGUAAUAUGUGACACACUUA